AUGCUUUCCAUCACUAACCGAGCCAAAUUCACACGCAUCACAAAUACAGCUGCUAAAAUCAUCGGCCUCCCCACACCCAACCUCACAGAACUAAAUAAUAGACCCAUCACCAGAAUGGCAAACACAAUAGUCCAGGACAUCACGCACCCAUUACACCGCUACUUCAUCCCACUACCCUCAGGACGCAGGAUCCAUUCAGAGGAGGCGAAACCAGAGGAGGAACCAGAGGAGGAACCAGAGGAGAAACCAGAGGAGGAACCAGAGGAGAAACCAGAAGAGGAACUACAGGAGGAACCAGAGGAGAAACCAGACGAGGAACUACAGGAGGAACUAGAGGAGGAACCAGAGGAGGAGCCGGAGGAGAAACCGGAGGAGAAACCAGAGGAGGAACCAGAGGAGGAACUAGAGGAGGAACCAGAGGAGGAACCAGAGGAGAAA